AAGAAAAAGAAAAAGAAAAGCCCGGUAAUUCCGUUUAAAGAAAUUGUAAUUUAAACUUUUUUUUUUUUGGCUUUCUUUCUCUCUCCCUCUUUUCUCUAUGUUUCGUCGUUCUCUUACACUAAAGUUACCAAGAGUUCAAGUUGUUCGUCCUCUAGCACGUCGCUUAACAACCGCAGUUGCUUCAAGACCUCAAAAGGUAACUUGGACUACAACAGCUGCCUUGACUUUGACUGGCUUGGGUAUUUAUGGCUUGAAUUAUGCAUAUGCUGAAGCACCUGCUUAUGCAGGUAGUGUAGAAGAUCCUACCACAAAACUUUCUUUUCCUAUCUUUUUGAAUACAAAUAAUGAAUGGAAACGGUUGAUUGGAUUGGGUGUACGUACUGUUACUUUUCUAAAGAUGAAUGUCUAUGUAUUAGGCAUGUAUAUGAAGAAUGACGAUAUUGAAGCUUUGAAGGCCAAAAAGGGCUGGAAGAAUGUGGAUAAAGAACAGUUUUUGGAAAAAAGUGAGUUGGCAGAAGAAUUGUUAAAUCAGCCUUAUGAUGUGAGUAUUCGUUUGGUACCUGUGCGUGCUACAAGCACACAACACCUUCGCGAUGGCUUUCUUCGACUUUUAAUGCAGCGCAUGAAGGAUCAAUCAUUGACUGAAGAUGAAGAAAGAGAGAUAUUGCGUGCCAUGCAAGAAUUUAAAUCAAAUUUUGUCAGUAUGAAUGUCAAGAAAGAUUCUGAAUUUAUCUUUACAAAGACACAAGAUGGGCUGCGCAUAUCUUACGAAGGCAAAGACUGGGGUAUUGUUCAAAAUGCUUGGUUAGCAAAGAACUUUAUUAUGGGGUAUUUAGAGCCCAAGCAUCCUUCUAGUGAAGCUGCUUUACAUGAUAUCGCACAAGGCCUUGAGAAAUUGAUGAAGGAAUAAAAUUUUAAAUGCCAGCCUGAUUCAAAG